UGAGAUGGGAGCAGUGGAGAUUGAAUGACACUUUCUUACUGAAUGCACAAUGCAUGAUGAUAUUUGAGCUCAGUAAGGACAAGAUCAACCAAACGGCUAGCUUUCUAGUCAAGAUUCAUAACAGGAGAUCUGACAUGAGAAAUUAUAUUCAAGAAGUUUAGUAUAUGUUUUUCUUAGUCCCAUAGACUAUUCAAUCUCGUCGAUGUUAGUAAAAUCAAUCAUUCAAAAUGACGUACCUGCCAGCAAUAUUCUAUGACUAACAAUCACAAUGACGUACCUGCCAGCAAUAUUCUAUGACUAACAAGAUUCCAACAAUAAAAACAUGUCUAGCCUACUUCAACGUUCAGUACUUUCAGUUCAAUUCAACCACGAAACCUCAACUACAAAGCCUUACAACAAUAGGAGAGAAUAGAAGAGAAGACUGGACUUCUAAGCUUAAUCUACAAACCUCUAUCAGAACAACUUGGACAGUCGCCAUGGAGAAUAAAGGCAAUGUUGUUCAGCAGGUAUGGAAUUUCAGUCCUAGCGAGGCUUUGCUGGGCAAUAAUUUGUUAGGCAUUCGAGGCAUCCUGGAAUAUGUGAUGUCGCAUACGAAUCCGAAAGGAAAGAGCAAGAUUCCUCUGGGACAUGGAGAUCCUUCACAUUUUGAAUGUUUCAGAACGUCUGCUGGUGCAGAGGAUGCAUUGAUAGGCUCCAUUAGAAGCGCUAAAAAUAAUGGUGAUGCUCCCGCUGCUGGUCUGCUGGAAACCAGAAGAGUGGUUGCAGAUUAUCUUUCACAAGGCUUUCCUUAUAAGUUGUCUGCAGAUGACGUCUAUCUGACUGUUGGCUGUACACAAGGUAUUGAUUUUGCUAUCAAAGUCUUAGGUUGUGAAGGUGCAAACAUUCUUCUUCCAAGGCCAGGAUUUCCAUAUUAUGACUCAAUAAUGGCAUACGAAGGUAUUGAAGUCAGGUACUAUGAUUUAGUUCCAGAAAGAGAUUGGGAAAUUGACUUGGGUCAAGUUGAGGCAAUAGCUGACAACAACACAGUCGCAAUGGUUAUUAUUAAUCCAAGCAACCCAUGCGGUGUUGUUUUUAGACGGGAUCAUUUAUGUGAGGUUGCAGAGACAGCUAGAAGAUUGCAUAUAUUAAUUAUCUCAGAUGAAGUAUAUGGUCAUCUUACUUUUGGUGAGAAGCCAUUCACUCCAAUGGGAUCCUUGGCAUCUACUGUACCAGUGCUAAGUCUUGGGAGCAUUUCAAAGCGAUGGAUGGUCCCUGGGUGGCGUGUUGGCUGGCUGGCUACUUGUGAUCCUUGUGGUAUUCUGAAGAAGACUAAGGUUCAUCAAGAAAAGAUAAGAGCCAUUUUGGAUUGGCCACCACCACGGAAUCUUACAGAAUUAAGGGGAUUCCUCGGAUUAUGCAGUUAUUACAAAAGGUUUGUCAGAGGUUUUUCACAGCUAGGGGCACCGUUGACAGAUCUUACCAAAAAGGGGGCAUUCCAUUGGACGAAGGAGGCACAACAAGCUUUUGAGAAACUGAAAGAGGUAAUUGAAGGGUUAAAAAACAUUCUGAAUGUAUCUGCUAAUCCAUCCACAUAUGCUCAGGCUGCAAUUCCACAAAUUAUAGAGAAAACAACAGAAGACUUCUAUGGGGAGAUACUGAAUAUGCUAAGUCAUGUGGCUGAAAUAUGCUAUAAUCGUAUUCAAAAAAAUGAUCUUCUCUUUUGUCCAGCUAAACCUGAAGGAUCUAUGUUUGUGAUGGUGAAGUUAAAUACAUCUGGCUUUGAAGACAUAAGAGAUGACAUUGAAUUUUGUGCACUGCUUGCUAAAGAAGAAUCAGUCAUAGUUCUACCAGGAACCGCCCUAGGAAUGAAAAGUUGGAUACGCAUGACUUUUGCAGUUUCUCCUAGUUUGUUGGAAGAGGGAUUGGACCGGAUAGAAUCCUUUUGUAGACGACAUGCAAAGAAUUUAUAGAUUCUUAUUCUAUGUAAUAUUCUGCAAAUUGACAUACAUGGUGCAUUACUUGUGCGCAAUCUUUGGUAGGUUGGAUAACUGCAAAUCUGUGAUUCCGGUCAAGGCUUUAUUGACCAAGAAGUGGUGAAAUGUGAGAUUAUUUUGUUUGAGUUCAGCCUAAGCUGAACAUUGUUAUUGUGCACGAUACAACCAAAUAAUUUGUCUUUGAAACCCAAAAUUGAUUUACCAUUGGUACACAGUUUUACUUC